AUGUUUAGCAGGUCUCUCCAAAUCGCUGCGAGGCCGUCCCGUUCAUAUGUCUGCCUCUUUUGUGUAUCGAGGACCUUUGAGCGCUCAUUCACCGCAUCGAGCACUCGCCACGACGCUGUAACAGAUUCUAAAUCGGACCUCGACCAGAAACCGCAUUUCCCGCUUGGUGCAGUACCUUUGAAGUUGCAAAAGGCGCAGUCCGAGGUACCUUCUACAGCGGACCCGUCUGUCCAUGAGAGUGCGGGCCCUCAGCAUAUCUCCACGACUAAGAAGAAGAGGAAAUCUAAAAAGGGCCGCAAUGGACCUGAGGAGCCGACUUCAAAGGCAACUAUAACCCCAAGAAAAGUCAAGUCAAAAUUGAUCCGAAAAACCUUUCCGUCAAAAAGCUUUGCACCCCCUCCUCCAGUCGCGGAAUCGACGUCCAAUUCCGAGCCGGAGAAGCAUGAUGAGUUCCGCCACGUUCACGCAGGAGACUUGGAGGCGGCGUCUGGCAUUUUGGAACCCUCGGAGGAGCAGAUAGAAGCUUUGAAUGUGGAAUCGGAAGCCGUACCUAGUCUCGCCUAUGGCCUUGAUCGAGUGCUCUUCAACCCAGGGGUUUACCAUCUUAGAGACCCGAGGUCACGCGUCUACAAUUUCGACCCCUACCUUAGCUCUAUAAUGCCGGUGUCUGAAUUUGAUUUCGAGGCUCUGGGUGACUACAUCACGAGUUCUCGCGACGUUGUUCUUCGAAAUAUGGCCCGAGACCAUGGAAAGAAAUAUAUUGGAUCAUCAUCGAGUAUGACAGGCGUUCUUUCGCAUUUUCAUUUCCUUCUUUCCGCUUGGCGACCUCUUCAGAUGCAGGCCCUAUCCCAGGGGUUUCCUGAUCGACUCCGCUCUUUUACGCGCCUCACAAGAGCUCCAGCCGCAGUAUUCCUGCGGUACAAGGAUGGGGUCUAUGCCAUUGAUGCCGACAAAGAAUAUGAUACAGCCAAUAUCUUGAUGAAUCUUGGUAAAUCAAUGGAAAAGCUGCUUACAAUGCCGAUGGAUGAAUUUGAGCGGUACCGGAGAACAAACGCCAACCGGACCCCUUUGGGUGAAGCAGCUCCGGAAACAUAUCACUACUCAACUUGUGGUGACUUUCUGAUGAGGGCCCAGCUAGACGCGCAUGAUUCACGUCUUCCCGGAACUGGCAUGUUUGAUUUGAAAACCCGUGCUGUGGUCUCGAUUCGUAUGGAUAUUGAGAAUUUCCCUAAAGGGCUAGGAUAUGAGAUUAAAAGCCGGUUUGGAGAUUUCGAGUCGUUUGAACGAGAAUGGUUUGACAUGGCUCGCUCCGCCUUUUUGAAAUACUCCCUCCAAGUCCGGGUCGGCCGCAUGGAUGGGAUAUUUGUUGCAUUCCAUAACAUCCAGCGCAUCUUUGGAUUCCAGUACCUGCCCCUUGAGGACAUGGAUAUGGUGCUGCAUGGUCAGUCAGACACGGUGCUGGGAGACACGGAAUUUGUGCACAGCGUCAGACUCUGGAAUCAGGUCCUGAACCGAGCCAUUGCUCAAUUCCCGGAACAGUCGCUUCGAUUUCACUUCGAGUGCCGCGAAGGUGUGACUCCGUUUAUGUACAUUUUUGCUGAGCCCGUGACGGAGGAUGAAAUCGAUGCGAUACAAAAUAGCAAUAAAGAGAAAAUCGAGAAGAUCCAGGACCGGCUUCUUUAUCCCGAGCGAUACCAAGAGGAUGCCGAAGCCGCUAACGUGGAGCCAUCUCCAUCGGAAGAAGCAGCGGCCUACCCAGCCGAGUCUUCCGAACCUGACAAGCCCACUGAAUCGGACUCAGAGAACGCCCGCUCCAAACCGGUAUUGGGCAUGACGUUGCGUAUCUGCAAUGUCGUGGAUGGCGAGAUAGUCACCCGACCCAACAAUCUGAAGAAGGACCAAAGAUGGCUUGUUGACUACUCACUCACCACGUUACCCGAGAACCGUGCACGCGCAUUGUUAGAAGCGUGCAAGAGACGUCGGGAAAAACAGUACUUGCCGACUGAUCCUGAGGGAAGUCAUUACUCGCGAAAACUGUGGCAGAUCAGCGACAGGGGCCGCAAAUGGCGGAACGCUCAGGAUGAACUUGAUGAAAAGUAUGGCAUUGUGACUUUGAAUGGUAAUUAA